AUGUAUAAACAUCCACGCAUGUAUGUUGCGUCUGUAGUUUCGUUAUCUUACUACUGAAAAGACCUAGAAACGAAAAAAUACGAACAGAAGGACACACGAUACCUACGCAUGAGAAGACUUACGGUUUAGAACAAAUGAAUGGACAUCUUGACAAUACUCACAAGAAAAAGAAAAGAGAACAAACUAUCUUUCUUCACUGUCUUUCUUCAUUCAAACUUUCUCUGAUGUAGAAUUUGUACGAUUGCAUGCAACGCACAGGAAAACACGCAUCUUGAUUUCACGGCAAUGUACAACUGAUUUCAGAUCACUGGAUCACAUACUCUCUUAGCACACCCUCCAAUCUGUCCAAUGGAUAUUCUGUAUUGUUCAGCGAAACACUGAACAUGCUUUGAACGUUUAGGAUAUGUGUGUACGAGUAACGUUGCUCUGUUUCUCUCUGUGUGAAACAACCUACUUAACCAUUUCAGAUAAACAUGAUUAGUAGUUAACGAAGUAAACAAAUGGCCUUGAUGAAAAUGGUAGCCUCGUGUCAUUCACGAGAUCGAUUACAAUUUGAAGAUUACUCGAUUAAUACCUCAAGUUUCACUUCGAACUUUCCAAUCUUUAUGACGUGUAACAGACACCGCGGCUUUAUCAUCUAACAGAAUAUAUAUAUUUCAGGAUAGUGCUUGUAUCCGCUUUGCGGGAGAUGAACAAGACGAAAGUGAUUACGGAGGCGCCAAAGGAUUGCGGCGAUUCCGGCUCCAUAUGGGAAACCGGCAAGAGCCUUUUCGAGUAUUUGUUUACUUCUUGCGCGUUCUCAUUCGUAUUCAUCCGCAAAGAGGUGUUAUCAGAUGGUACUACUGGUAAAGUAGCAUUCGACGACAACGGGGAUCGCAUUUAUGCUGAAUAUGACAUCAUCAACAUCCAAGAGAACGGUGAAAGGAUCUCUGUUGGACAGUAUUUUUAUCCAGCUAAUGGCACUAAAAUGACAUUAAGUGUCAACGAAUCGAGCAUAAUAUGGCCCGGCCGACUGCAAACUAAACCCGAAGGUUUCAUGAUCCCUACGCACUUAAAAGUGCUUACUAUCGAAGAAAAGCCAUUUGUCUACGUUCGCGAGGUCGCGUACGGCGAAUUAUGUCUUCCAGAAGAGAUUCCAUGUCCCCAUUUUAAUGUUAGCGAAAAUGAAACCACAAAAACGUAUUGUUGCAAGGGAUACUGUAUGGAUUUGUUGAAGGAAUUGUCAAAGACCAUUAAUUUCACCUAUAGUUUGGCCUUGUCUCCCGAUGGACAAUUUGGCAGCUAUGUGAUCAAGGACACUUCAGUCGGUGGAAAGAAAGAGUGGACAGGACUUAUCGGAGAACUGGUGAAUGAAAGAGCAGAUAUGAUCGUUGCUCCUUUGACGAUUAAUCCGGAACGUGCCGAGUUCAUCGAGUUCAGUAAGCCAUUUAAGUAUCAGGGCAUCACCAUUCUUGAGAAGAAACCAUCAAGAUCAUCAACAUUAGUGUCGUUCCUGCAACCGUUCAGCAACACCCUGUGGAUACUGGUGAUGGUGUCGGUGCACGUAGUGGCUCUAGUUUUGUACCUCCUCGACCGGUUCUCGCCUUUCGGGAGGUUCAAGCUAGCAAACACUGACGGUACCGAAGAGGACGCUUUGAAUCUGUCCAGCGCCGUCUGGUUCGCUUGGGGAGUUCUCCUCAACAGUGGAAUCGGAGAAGGUACUCCACGGAGUUUUUCUGCUCGAGUUUUGGGCAUGGUGUGGGCAGGCUUUGCAAUGAUCAUCGUUGCUUCUUAUACUGCCAAUUUGGCUGCAUUCCUCGUGUUGGAACGGCCGAAAACUAAAUUAACUGGCAUCAACGAUGCUCGACUUAGAAACACCAUGGAGAACCUUACGUGUGCCACAGUGAAAGGUUCCGCUGUGGACAUGUAUUUCCGUCGACAAGUUGAAUUAUCCAAUAUGUAUCGUACAAUGGAAGCAAAUAAUUACGACACUGCCGAAGAAGCCAUCAGAGAUAUAAAAAUUGGCAAACUUAUGGCUUUUAUCUGGGAUAGUUCUCGAUUAGAAUUCGAGGCUGCUCAGGAUUGCGAAUUGGUAACUGCUGGAGAACUAUUUGGCCGUUCCGGUUAUGGAAUUGGCUUGCAAAAAGGUUCCUUAUGGGCAGAUGCUGUGACCCUUGCUAUCUUGGAUUUCCACGAGAAAUGUUAUAUCAUAUUGAUAUAUGCAAUAUAUCAUAUUGAUUUAUUGCAUUUAUUAGGUGGCUUCAUGGAAAGUCUCGACAAUCAUUGGAUCCUUCGUAGUAACGUACAACAAUGCGAGCAACUUGAGAAAGCUCCGAAUACUUUGGGCUUAAAAAAUAUGGCUGGAGUAUUUAUAGUGGUGGGUGUUGGAAUCAUAGGUGGUAUUGGGCUGAUAAUCAUUGAAGUAGCGUACAAGAAGCAUCAGAUUCGCAAGCAAAAGAAGAUGGAACUAGCGAGGCACGCAGCUGACAAAUGGAGAGGUGCAAUUGAGAAACGAAAGACUCUACGAGCUUCGAUAGCCGCUCAACGAAGAAUUCAAAGUAACGGCCUUAACGAUCCUACGACCGUGAGUUUAGCGGUCGAUACAGUAGCUAGAUCGAACGUGACGCCGCGAAGUCCUGGUCGAGCAUGGCCAGGAGACAGUGACAUCCGUCAACGACCAAUUCCACGUUCAGAUGAUAUCAGAUUGUCGCCCGCUGCAUACACUGCGAAUGUUUCACAUCUCAUAAUCUUUCUUUUACAAUAUCCAUUGUCCACUAACUCCGGCCAAUUGUUAAUUCUUAAUUCAAGAACCAAUAUUAUGUUAAUGCAACAUCUCAUUUACAAUCCUUCAGUUAAUUUAUAUAAUUGAAUCUUGCGUUUUAUCAUUGUAAUCAAAAACAAUCUCAAAGAAUUGACGAAUCAAAUGUUUUUUUUUUUUCCACCUACUUUGUCUACCUUUUACGAUUCAAUAAAAUUUUUAAAAAGAAACUAAAAUACGAAAAUAGUUUCUUUCAAAUUAUAGAAACUCUUUUCCAAUUAAUUUUAAUUUGCACUUUUGUUUAUUUUUGUCUUUCAACGAUUUCGUUGCUUCACGUCCUAAUGGACUAAUUAUACUUCGAUUAACGUCAGAUUUGUUAUAAAAAAUUAUCAUGUACGCUACAAUAUCUUUCUUGCAACUGGACGAAAUCAUUGUCCUUUAAACGAUAGCUAAUAAAAAUAUCAUGAAGUAAAAUUGAAUAGUUUUGAAUUAUCACCCACCCGGAAAUGAAGAUAUUUCAAAUAUUUCAAGGUUAUCUUUAUCCUUUCGACCACGAUCGACGUAUUUUUUUUUACUUUUCCUGAAAAAAAUGUAAAAUGAUAUCAUAAAAGAUAAUCAGUUUAAUGUCUUAAUGUUAAUUUUGUAGAUUUCAUUUAUUUUAGCUUUUAAAACUCUCAUAAAAGAAUUUCAAAAUUCUUAG